CCGAUGGAGGGGUGGGCGGGCGCGGAGCUCGCCCGAUUCAGUCUCGGCUUAUCCGGUCUCGCUCAGGUGCGAUGCCGCUGUGGGGACUGCAGACUUUCUGCUUGGGCAUGCUGUGAGUGCCUGGGCUGCGGUGCCGGGGAAAGCGAGCAGUGACCAACCCCGAAGGGGCAGCGCCGGCUGUUCCAGCCCGGCCACUAUCCCGGGGCUCGGCGCCCUCGGUGCUCCGUCGUGCCGGUGGAAGGAGCACGCGAAGCGGUCGCACCGUGCCCUGCCCGCCCCGAGGGACGGCAGACCCUCCUCUUCCUCUGGCGGGCGCAGCGGCGUGUACCCGGCUGCGCUGGUCCCCGCGGGCUGCCCGGGCCAUGGGGCGCACAGGGGCGCUGGUGCUGCUGCUCCUCUGGCUGGGCGCGGAGCUGGCGAGCGCGGGUGGAAAGAAGUCCUACAGUGGGCCAUGUGGGGGCCGCGAUUGCAGUGCUGGAUGCAAAUGUUUUCCAGAGAAGGGUGAACGGGGUCGACCAGGACUGAUUGGGCUUCAAGGGCCAAUAGGACCACCGGGAUUUACUGGCCCAGAAGGUUUGCCUGGAGCAAAAGGUGAGAGAGGAGCAGUGGGCCCUCCUGGACCAGCUGGACAGAAAGGUGACAAGGGUCCAAUGGGAGUUCCAGGAUUUCAGGGCAUCAAUGGGAUCCCAGGUCACCCUGGGCAGUCUGGACCUAGAGGCUUGCCUGGCCUCGAUGGCUGCAAUGGUACCAUUGGGAGUCGUGGCAUUUCUGGACCAGAUGGGUUUCCUGGACUACCUGGGCUGUCUGGUCAUCCUGGCCCGAAAGGGCUUAAAGGAGAACCUGUUUUUGCUCAAGGCAGUCUCAAAGGAAUGAAGGGUGAAAAUGGUCUUCCUGGAUUGGAUGGAGUACCUGGCCCGAAAGGUUUUCCAGGUCCAAUAGGUCCCGCAGGCCCUAUAGGAUUACAAGGUUUGCAGGGUCCAGUGGGUCCCCCUGGGCCACCAGGUCCAAAAGGUAACAUGGGAUUAGGCUUUCAAGGAGAGAAAGGAGAAAAGGGCGAUGUGGGGAUGCCUGGGCCUCCAGGUCCCCCACCAUCUACUGGAAUACUGGAGUUCAUGGGAUUUCCAAAGGGGAAGCAAGGAGAAAAGGGUGAGCCAGGUCCUCAAGGAUUCCCUGGAGACCAAGGAUUGCGUGGUAUCCCGGGCUUUGGAGGUGUUGGAGAAAAAGGAGAAAAAGGUGUGCCUGGCUUACCAGGUGGCAGGGGUCUUCUGGGACUGGAUGGAUCUGAAGGAAUUCCAGGGAGAAAGGGCCAUCCAGGUGUUCCAGGCUAUCCAGGACUGGAUGGAGCUGAAGGCAUGAAGGGUGAAUUAGGUGACAUUGGUCCCCCAGGUCCUCCUGUCAUUAUUGACAGGGAAGGUGUAGUCAUUUCAGGUGCCCCAGGUGACCCUGGAAACAUGGGACCACCUGGUCCUCCUGGAGAUGAAGGGAUCGUUGGUUUACCAGGCCUUCCAGGUGCUCCAGGGUUUCCAGGCCUGGAGAGAGAUGGAAUAGGCCCUGGAGGGUCUCCAGGUAUUCCAGGAGUGAAGGGUGAAGUGGGAGAACCCGGAAGAGCAACAAUUGGAAUACCAGGCCCUCCAGGCAGAGGUGGUUUACCGGGUCUGCCUGGAGCACCAGGAUUGCCUGGUUCACCACGCCCUUCAUUUUUCCCAGUGAUAAUCCUGACUGGAACUAUUGGGUCCCCAGGGGAGCCUGGGCAAAGAGGUCUGCCAGGAGCUUUGGGUCCAAAGGGCUACAAAGGAGAGGCAGGUGAUUGUGCUUGUGAUGGAGGAGUUACAAGAGCUGGUCCAAAAGGCAUCUCAGGUCCACCAGGUCCAUCAGGAAGCCCUGGUGUACCUGGUGCCAAAGGUGAUGUUGGAGACCCAGGCUCUGUGGGAGCACCAGGACUGCAAGGCCCUCUGGCUUCAGCUGGUCAACAAGGACUUCCAGGCCCUAAGGGAGAAAAAGGGGAUCCAUCCUAUGCAACAGUCAAAGGUACUCGUGGGGACCCUGGUGCUACAGCACCUAGAGGACCUUCAGGUAUCCCAGGAACUCCAGGCAGGGAUGGACUUCCAGGCUUGCCAGGCCCACCAGGCCCUCCAGGUGAUGGUGGACUAGGUUUCCCAGGUGAAAAAGGUUUGCCAGGAUUACCUGGCUCCAAGGGCCAUCAAGGAGAAACUGGUUCUCCUGGUGUUGGAUACCCAGGUCCUAGAGGAGUUCGUGGACCACCAGGUGACACUGGAGUGGAUGGCUUUCCAGGACAAGCAGGUCUUCCAGGCCCUCCAGGUAUCACCAUGCCCUGCAUAGUUCCUGGAGCAUAUGGGCCCCCAGGGACUCCCGGCUUUCCAGGACCACCAGGUCCCAAAGGCAGCAAAGGCUUUUCAGGCAUUCCAGGCCGACCUGGGUUACAUGGGUCUAAGGGACAGCCAGGGUCUCCAGGAAUAAUAGGCUUGCAAGGGGAACCUGGCUUCCCUGGACCUCGAGGAGAGCAAGGCUCACAAGGACUUCCAGGACUGGAUGGAACAGAUGGUUUGCCUGGGAAAAUGGGAGCUUCAGGCUUAGCAGGAAUAAAAGGAUCACCUGGAGAUAUAUUUGGAGCUGAGAGUGGAACCCUGGGAGAGCAUGGCCGACCUGGACUUCCAGGUGAUAAAGGACUUCCAGGUGAUAUUGGAUUUCCAGGACCAAAAGGGCUGGACGGAAGACCAGGCCUUCUGGGUGUUAAAGGUGAACAGGGUCAUCCAGGAUAUUCAGGUGUCCCUGGAUUGCAGGGACCUCCUGGUCCUAGAAGUCCUUUUGGCAUUGAGGGAAAACCAGGACCCUUGGGGUCAGCUGGCCUUGCAGGAGCACCAGGGCUUCCUGGAGUCAAAGGCAUGGCUGGGGAUGUAGGACCACAAGGCCCUGCUGGUAUGAAAGGCUUCCCAGGUCUUGAUGGUGCUCCAGGAUCUCCUGGGGAAAGAGGAUUCUUAGGGCCACCUGGGCCUUUUGGUCAAGAUGGACGUCCAGGUUUCUCUGGGCCAAAAGGUGAGAAAGGGUCUUCUGGCCUGCUUGGUUUCCCUGGCAUGCCAGGACUGCCUGGUGUCCCUGGAGUGAAUGGGUUUAAAGGAACUCCUGGCACAUCUGGAGGAAAAGGAAGUCCAGGAGCUGUGGGACUUCAAGGUCAAAAAGGCGACAGAGGUGAUGUAGGUCGACCAGGUCUUCCUGUUCUUGGGACUUCAGAACAGGCACUGCAAAACAAAGGAGACAAAGGAGAUCCUGGAUUAGCUGGGCUUGGAGGAUUCCCAGGACCUAGAGGUGAUAAAGGAAUCCCAGGGAAGCCUGGACAGCCUGGUCUCCCAGGUCCAGUUGGGUCACCAAGCAAAGAGAGACGUCUUCAUGGUGACCCAGGUUUCCCUGGUCCACCUGGACAACCUGGCCUGCCAGGACAGAAGGGUGCACAGGGUAUCAUGGGAUUUCCAGGAAUGCCAGGAGAGAGGGGUUCAGAUGGCACCACAGGAACACUUGGAUUCCCAGGACCUAUUGGCCUUCCUGGUCCAAAGGGCGAACAGGGAGAGUCUGUUGGUGUUCCUGGCAUUGCUGGACCAAAAGGAGAGAGAGGAGACCCAGGGUUUCCAGGAGAGAGAGGGAGGGAAGGACUCAAGGGUGAACCAGGCUACCCAGGAAACACUGGGGUGAAUGGACACAAAGGCAGCCCAGGAGAUCUUGGCCAAGAAGGACCAGCAGGAAUCCCUGGAAAUGCUGGGUUGAGAGGAUCCCCUGGCCCACCAGGACCCCCAGGACAGCCAGGAUCUGUUGGAUUCCCUGGAGCUCAUGGAACAGCGGGACCUAAAGGCUCUCAUGGAUUUCCAGGUUUAAAUGGUCUGAAUGGCUUGCCAGGCACAAAAGGGUCCCCUGGAACACCAGGUCUGAGUGAAGCUGGAUUGAAAGGACCUGCAGGUCUCCCAGGUACAAAGGGUGAAGAAGGCUCUCCAGGCUUGGGAAGAGGAGCUGCAGGAUUCCCUGGACCAAAAGGCUCAUCAGGAGACAUGGGUCCCCCUGGUCCUAUGGGACUGCCUGGCCUGCCAGGAACACCUGGAGUUUCUCUUCUGUCUGAUAUACAUGGGAGACCUGGAGAUGCUGGUGUUCCAGGCACUGAUGGGAGUUCAGGUUUUCCAGGUCCUCCAGGACCACAGGGACCCCCUGGCCCAGCUUCUGAUCAAGGUGACACAGGCACUCCAGGUUUCCCUGGUGUUCUUGGCUUGCGAGGCAUUAAGGGCGAUGUGGGACUCACUGGUCCAAUUGGACUCCCUGGAGCAUCUGGAUUCAAAGGUGCAAGAGGUGAGCCUGGCCUAAUGGGGAUGCCAGGUAAAGAUGGGCCUCCGGGGGAUCCUGGUUAUGCUGGGCUGAAAGGUGAAAUGGGCCAUCGAGGUCUCCCUGGCCGACCAGGGGCUCCAGGAAUAACCCCACAGCCAGAAGAACUCACAGCCCCUGCAGGAUUACCUGGUCUGCCAGGAAUUGAUGGUGUUCCUGGCUUUGAUGGAGAUCCUGGAUUCCAUGGCCCGGCUGGAAAACCAGGCCCAAAAGGUUUGCCAGGAAGAUCUGGCUUGAAAGGACGUGAUGGCUUACCUGGAAUUCCUGGCAUAGCUGGGGAUCCAGGACUUUCAGGUGCCCCAGGACCACAGGGAUUUGAAGGUGCUGCUGGGAAGCCAGGUUCCCAUGGUUUGCCAGGAAUGCCUGGUCGGAGUGUGGGUGUUGGAUACACUCUAGUGAAGCACAGUCAAUCAGAUCAGAUCCCCCCAUGUCCCAUGGGAAUGAAUAAGCUCUGGGAUGGCUACAGCUUACUGUAUGUGGAGGGACAGGAGAAGUCACAUAACCAGGAUCUUGGUUUUGCUGGCUCAUGUUUGCCUCGCUUCAGCACCAUGCCUUUUAUUUACUGCAACAUAAAUGAAGUGUGCUAUUAUGCCAGCCGAAACGACAAGUCCUACUGGCUCUCCACCACUGCUCCCAUCCCCAUGAUGCCUGUAGACAGCGUUCAGAUCCCACAGUACAUCAGCCGGUGCUCUGUGUGUGAAGCACCUUCGCAGGCUGUGGCUGUGCACAGCCAGGACAUCACCAUCCCACAGUGUCCCCUGGGCUGGCGCAGCCUGUGGAUAGGAUACUCCUUCCUUAUGCACACUGCAGCAGGGGUGGAAGGUGGAGGCCAGUCCCUUGUCUCACCUGGUUCCUGCCUGGAGGAUUUCCGAGCUACUCCAUUUAUUGAGUGCAAUGGUGCUCGGGGAACAUGCCAUUACUUUGCCAACAAAUACAGCUUCUGGCUGACAACAGUGGAGCAGGAGCAGCAGUUUGUCAGUGUUCCUCCCUCAGAGACUCUGAAAGCGGGGCAGCUUCGGACUCGCGUCAGCCGCUGCCAGGUGUGCAUGAAGAACUUGUAGUAACAGAAAUGUAGUUAUGGGAACAGUCUUUGUUACCCCAGAUUAGACAUGAAUGACUGGAUAAGGGUAAAUUCACAAACCUGUUUUGUGUGUGCUUGAUGGGUGAAUCAGACAGCCAGAGCUCUACAAAAGUCAACUUUCAAGUCUAGGAGAUUGUGCACAGAGGGAAAGACCAGUGGUCUGAAGCCAUUUUUUUAAUGAAACAUGGUGCUAUGUUUUUACUUCAAUGUUUUUUUCCCCUCUGUUAUGGCUACCUCAGAAAGUCUCAGUGAGUUCUUACUCAGACUGAAUAACAGCUCAUACCUUGUACCACUCCUCUGUCUGAGGCACAUCCAGUUAUCACCCAGAAACUUUGCCAAAGCUGUGCUUAAAUAGUGUCUUUGCAAACAGUAUUUGGUCUUGUGUGAGGGAGUAGAGACUCAUUCUCCUGUGAAACACGGAGCUAGUUAAAAUUUACCAGUAUAUGCUGGGUGACUGGAAACACUAUGCACUAAUGGUUGAUAAUGGAUUUUCUUCGAAAAAUUGAAAAAUGAAUGUUUUGCUUUGCUUAUUACACAGAUGGAACAUUCUUUCCUCCAGUGACAGGUAAUCAGUUUUAAUCCAGACUGAUAUCCACAGCUGACCUUAAAGAGCUACACCAAUGGAAAAAGCAAUGCCAGCUCUGUUGGCUUCAAGGUCUGUGCUUAUCUUUUUGCAGCCAAUGAUAUGCAGAUGAUAUGCAGCCAUACUUUAUUAGCCAACAUUUUUAUUACUAUGAACAUAAAUUUCCUUUCUGAGGCAGCUUUGGCACGCUUAUUUUGUAAUUAUUCAAGCUGUGUGUGUGUGAAAAGUAGAGCCUUUACUAGAUGGCACGCAAGCUUAUGCAGAUACAGGAGUAAGCAGUUAUGGGAUGUACAUUUUUUACUCCUGCAGUCACCAUGUGUUGUAUACUGCUUCCUCUGGGCUUUAUUGCUGUUAGUUUAAAAAAUUGUAUCUCUACUGUAUGCACUGUUAAUUUUCCUUCAGGGCGUAAUUAAAAAGAAGUGCCACUACCUGGAUUUUCCUGGUUUAUUUUAAGGGAAACCCAGGACAAAGGUAUGCUAAUACCUUUAAUGAAUUCAUUCAGUAGGUCUAAAGUUAUUACCAUUAACCUCUCUCUGGAGUCAAGUGUGUGAAAUUCUUGCCUAUUGACAUUCCAGGACAUUUCAAAUGAGUGCCUUGCAAAUACACUCUUGCCUUGGCUUAAAAAUCUUUAUGAUAAAAUUAUUCAGAAAAUUACUAUGAAUGCACAACUGAGAUGUUAUUUUAAGCAGAUAAUAAUCAAUAAAGAUGAAAGCAUUACUUGCAUAACACAUUAUUAUCUUCAUACAUGGAGAUCAGAGCUCUCCAAGUUCUGGAAUUGAACCACACUAGAGAUGAACAGGGAAGUUGUGAGGAACAAUGUAGCCUUUCAUCUCACUUAUUCCUAAUUGUGAAAGAUCAGCAACUGCUUUGGAUUAUUUUGCAAAUAUCUUUAAGGUAUUUUCACACUCCUGAGCAGCAGUCCUUUUCUGCAGGAUAUCCAGUCUACUUCCUAGCUGUCCUGGUACAGACAGAGCAUGCUGGAUUUACAUCCUGGGUUAUGCACAUGCAACUUUAAAACACUUGUGUGCACAGAGCAAAGCUCGAGACUUCUGAAAAAUCAUGCAGAUAACUGAUGAAGUACAAUGAAAUUUUCAGCCACUGGGUUCCUGUGGUGCUACAGAGACAUGUUGAUCAGGUCUUUUAUCUGAAGGGACUUGGCUUUAUUUUUGAACAUGACACAUGCAAACCCAAUUAAUUUAUUCCCCAGAAUCAGAGCUUUAUGCAUUUUAGGCACCACUGUCUUUAGAGAGUUGCUUCUCUUGAAGUAAGUGGCUCCACUGAUGCCCCUGUCCAAGCUUCCAUCCAGUUCCACCAGCCACUUCUUGUCAGGUGCACAGAGCAGGAAUUCCAAUCACCAGCUGUUCUGCCAUCAGCCCCAUUUUCAUCCAUCUGUUCACCCCUACCCAGAAUCCUACAAGAGCUCUGCAAGGCUUAGGCUUCUCUGAAGAGGCUAAGGGUGGCUUGGGGAAUAAGCACAUGGUAUUCCACUGAGGGUCUUCUAAUUAUUUUUUUUAGCAGGUACUACUCAAGACUGAGCAUUUCAGAGCAAGGGGUCAUUUUAAUUUUUUGUCUGUGGGGAGGAGAGGGCUGCAACUGAUGUCAUAAGUACGGUAUCUUCAUGUAUUAAUGAAGAAGAAAUACUUUGUUUAAAAAAACCUAAACCUGUGCAGCUAAUAUAUGGAGAGGGGGAGAAAAUGGUAUUUUUCCCAUAUGUAUAGUUUCCAAACCAUGGCUAAUAAACGUUGAAGGUAAAUAAGAUGAA